AAAUAAUACAGCAGAAAUGAGAGAAAUAGUUCAUAUACAAGCUGGACAGUGUGGAAAUCAGAUCGGUACCAAGUUCUGGGAAGUCAUAAGCGAUGAACAUGGGAUUGAUCCACAAGGCAACUAUGUGGGAGACUCAAACCUUCAGCUGGAUAGAGUUAAUGUCUACUACAAUGAAGCAAGCUCCCAUAAGUUUGUACCUCGAGCUGUACUUGUGGAUCUGGAACCAGGAACAAUGGACAGUGUUCGGUCUGGGACAUUUGGACAGCUCUUUAGACCAGAUAAUUUUAUCUUUGGACACACAGGUGCAGGAAACAACUGGGCAAAAGGCCACUACACAGAGGGAGCAGAGCUAGUGGACUCUGUGCUGGAUAUAGUGAGGAAGGAGUGCGAGCACUGUGACUGCCUCCAGGGAUUCCAGCUUACCCACUCAUUAGGUGGGGGCACUGGUUCUGGCAUGGGCACUCUGCUCAUCAGCAAAAUCCGUGAAGAAUACCCAGACAGAAUCAUGAACACUUUCAGUGUUAUGCCGUCACCUAAAGUGUCUGACACAGUGGUGGAGCCAUACAAUGCUACUCUUUCAGUCCAUCAACUUGUUGAAAAUACAGAUGAGACCUACUGCAUUGAUAAUGAAGCACUUUAUGACAUCUGCUUCCGCACGCUUAAGCUCACGACACCUACAUACGGUGACCUGAACCACCUUGUCUCUGCCACCAUGAGUGGAGUCACAACCUCUCUGCGCUUUCCUGGUCAGCUAAACGCAGAUCUGCGCAAGCUCGCAGUCAACAUGGUACCCUUCCCACGCCUGCACUUCUUCAUGCCCGGUUUCGCCCCUCUGACUGCCAGGGGUAGUGAGCAGUACCGUGCUCUUACUGUUCCAGAAUUAACCCAGCAGAUGUUUGAUGCCAAGAACAUGAUGGCUGCUUGUGACCCCCGCCAUGGUCGCUAUCUCACAGUGGCCACUGUCUUCCGAGGCCCAAUGUCGAUGAAAGAAGUGGACGAGCAGAUGCUAGCCAUUCAGAACAAAAACUCUAGCUACUUUGUUGAAUGGAUCCCCAACAAUGUCAAGGUAGCUGUGUGUGACAUCCCACCCAGAGGGCUUAAGAUGGCCUCUACCUUUAUUGGCAAUAGUACAGCCAUCCAAGAGCUGUUCAAGCGCAUCUCAGAGCAGUUCACUGCUAUGUUUAGAAGAAAAGCUUUUCUGCACUGGUUCACUGGAGAGGGCAUGGAUGAGAUGGAGUUCACAGAGGCUGAGAGCAAUAUGAAUGACCUGGUGUCAGAGUACCAGCAGUACCAAGAGGCCACAGCCAAUGACGAGGAAGAUGGAUUUGACGAGGAUGAGGAGGAAGUCAAUGAGUGAAAACUAUGCUUGUUAUUAUUUGCUUAUUGGUUGUGUACACGCAUACAUUUAAUGUAAUGUUGAAUUUUUUCAGGCUGUGAUUUUUUUUUAUGUGGUUUUAGGUCAAUAUCAGGUGUGCUUACAAUAAACAUUGGGAGAUUUGA